AUGGCGGACGGGAGUGACACAUCCAAAUUUGACCCCAAAUUGAAUAACCUAGCAUUGAUGGCGGAGUUUAAACGCAUGCUUAGGGAAUCUAUGGAGUCCCUACACCAAAGGAUGGACCAAGUGGAGCUUUCUCAAGCUCGGUCCAACACUGCCCCUCGAGAUGCUCCACCUCGCGAGGAGUUGGCUUCUAAUUGCGAGGAAGAUAACUUUAUCCGUCGGCCAAAUCAGGACUACCGGAGGACAGACGACGGAUUAAAGGGGGUAAAGAUCAAGAUUCCCUCAUUCCAGGGCAAGUCUAGUCCAGAGGCUUAUCUCGAAUGGGAACAGUGUAUUGAGAUGGUAUUCGAGUGCCAGGACUACACCGAUGAACAGAAAGUCAAACUGGCGACUCUCGAAUUCACCGACUACGCCAUAGUCUGGUGGGAGCAGGAGCGCACUAGCAAACGCCGCAAUAGAGAACGACCAAUUAGUACAUGGGAGGAGCUACGAACCACCAUGAGAAAACGGUUCGCACCCAGCCAUUACUACCGUAAUCUAUACCUGAGGCUCCAGACAUUAGUUCAAGAAAGCCACAGUGUGGAGGACAACUACAAGGAGAUGGAGAUCACCAUGCUCCAAGCAGACAUGGUGGAGGAUAGAGAGGCUACCAUGGCGAGAUUUCUUAACGGCUUGAGACCUAAGAUCGCCGAGUUGGUGGAACUGCAAAACUACGUGGAUAUGCCUGAGUUGAUUGAUAAGGCAUCCAAGAUUGAGCGGAGGCUUAAGAGGAGGGGGGUGUCUAAGUCCAUUCCUAAAUCCGAGCCACCCAAGCAGGCACCAAAGGCAACCACCAAGCCUCCCUUCGACUCCUCCAAGCCACGAAGCCGUGACAAGUGUUUCAAAUGCCAAGGAUUUGGGCAAAUUGCUUCUCAGUGUCCCAAUAGGCGUACCAUGAUUGUCCUACCGAGCGGGGAUGUCGUAUCUGACGACGAGGAUGAGUUCGCCGAGAUGCCUCCAUUGAUUGAUGAAGGUGAAGAUUUCGAGGUCGAGGUUGAGGCCACUAGUGAGCAAGUAGGCGUUGCUCUAGUCGCUCGUCGGGCUCUUGCGACCCAAGUCAAGAAAGUGGAUGAGGCCCAACGUGACAACAUCUUCUACACACGAUGUCACGUCAAGGGAAGAGUAUGUAGCCUCAUCAUUGACGCGGGUAGUUGUACCAAUGUGGCAAAUACUCUCAUGGUGGAUCAUCUCUCUUUGCCCACGUUGAGACAUCCUAGCCCAUACCGCUUGCAAUGGUUCAAUGAGAGUGGCGAUAUCAAAGUCACCAAGCAAGUGGUAGUACCUUUCCACAUCGGAAAAUAUGAGGACGAGGUCCUUUGCGACGUCGUUCCCAUGCAAGCUUUCCACAUCUUGUUGGGACGGCCAUGA